CACCACUGCAAACACUUGAGCAUCUCCCGGGGUUCCCUUCUCUCCCAAGCCCCACUUGGCUGUGCUCUGAGGGUUUCCCUCCACGCCCUUUCCCCCAGUCAGCUGAGCAGCUGGCCCUGCCCCAGCUCUGAGUCCCAGUCUUGCUCCACCCAACCCUCAGAACCUCCGCAGCCCAAGGUAGACAACACUCAUGGGUGCCUAAGAGGGGGCCUCAAAGCGCCUGCAGACAUCCUAAGCGCCUACUGUUAUUUACUAACUCUGCAAGCUCGGGAGCAUUCAUGGAGCAGAACUUGGUGGAGUCAUCGUGUGAGGUUCUGGAUGUCCCUGAUGGACAGCUCAGUCCUGCUGCAUCAUGGGUAGACUGUGAGAAUUAAAUGGGUUACUGACUGCUGGUGCCUGGGCUGGUGCAUUCAGUGUUGGCCGAGUCUGUGGUGUUAAGGAAGACUGAGGGCCAGGAGGCAGCCCUGGCAGAAGCCCUUCUGCGGGCAGCUGGAACGCUCUGGUCCUACAGGUGAAGCUGACCCGUCACCAGGACUUAUGACCCGCGGCCUCACUCCCAUCCUGCCCCUCGAGUUCCACAAGAUGGGCUCCUUCCGCAGGCCAAGACCGCGCUUCAUGAGCUCCCCGGUGCUCAGCGACCUGCCCCGGUUCCAAGCUGCCCGGCAGGCCCUGCAGCUGAGCUCCAACUCGGCCUGGAACAGCGUCCAGACAGCCGUGAUCAACGUUUUCAAAGGGGGCGGCUUGCAAAGCAACGAGCUGUAUGUCCUGAAUGAAAACAUCAGGCGCCUGCUGAAGAGUGAACUUGGGUCGUUCAUUACAGACUAUUUCCAGAACCAGCUGCUUGCAAAGGGACUGUCCUUUGUGGAGGAGAAGAUCAAGCUGUGCGAAGGCAAGUACAAGGCAGCCUUGGUGGAGUGGGGCCCCUGUGACUCAGCCUUUGAUGUUGGGACAGCUGAGACGCUUCUGUCCAAAAGGAGCAGGCUGCACGCGAGUGAGAACCUCGUGGAGGCUCUGGCUGACGUCUGGGACCACUUCUUCACUGAGACCCUGCCCACCCUGCAGGCCAUCUUCUACCCAGUUCAGGGACAGGAGCUGACCAUCCGCCAGAUCUCCCUCCUGGGCUUCCGAGACCUGGUCCUGCUGAAGGUGAAGCUGGGCGACUUGCUGCUGCUGGGGCCGCCAUCCAAGCUGCCCUCCUCCAUCAUCCAGAUGCUGCUCAUCCUGCAGAGUGUUCACGAGCCCACUGGUCCAAGUGAGGGUUAUCUGCAGCUGGAGGAGCUGGUGAAGCAAGUGGUUUCUCCUUUCCUGGGCAUCAGUGGGGACCGAAGCUUCUCAGGACCCACGUACUCACUGGCCAGGCGGUACUCCAGGGUCCGGCCCAAGGUGACCCUCCUGAACUACACCUCCCCAGUGACCACCGUCAGCCGGCCGCUGAACGAGAUGGCCCUGACCCCACUGACGGAGCAGGAGGGAGAGGCCUACCUGGAGAAGUGCGGCAGCGUUCGGCGGCACACGGUGGCCAACGCCCACUCGGACAUCCAGCUGCUGGCCAUGGCCACCAUGAUGCACUCGGGCCUGGGGGAGGAGGCCGGCAGCGAGGACAAGUGCCUGCUCCUGCCGCCCAGCUUUCCCCCGCCCCACCGGCAGUGCUCCAGUGAGCCCAACAUCACCGACAGCCCCGACGAACUGGAGGAGGUGGCAGGGGACAGCCAGGAGGACUCGGAGCUCAUGGAGGAGGUGGCAGGGGACAGCCAGGAGGACUCGGAGCUCAACUGCGCUUCCCUCAGCUGAGAUGCCUCCCCCAGGGCUUCCCAGCGCCAGGAAGAGGAGAGCCCUGCAUGGACCCCCGAGGGGCUCUUCCUUUGGUUGCAGGUGCCUUAUUUCUUUUAAGGUACAGCUCUGGUCUAGCUGCCCAAGGGGGGGUCCCUUCAUUUCAGUGUCUGACCAGCUCCUCGCAGCCACAAAGACCCAGUUGCGUCCUGCCCCCCCUCCCCCCCACUUGGAUCUUCAAGCCUGGGCCUUUUCCCCUGAGACGUUGGACUGCCUGGUGCUCCCAAUGCUGCAUCCGAUGCCCCAGGCAGAGGUUGUCAGGACCACACGGGGAUGGCUUUUGCAUUUCCCCUUGAGGCCCUUGAUGCAGGCAAAAAGCAGUAGCAGGUUUGGCAGGAGUGAAAGUCAACUGCAGCCCGUCCCCUGUGGCCCUGGGAACGCACCCUCCUUACUUUAGUUUUGUGAUCACUGGGAAAGCGCCGCCCACUGGUGGCCGAGGGUCCAUCCUCACCUACACCCAUGGGCUGCCCACACAGAGUCCUUUGGUUUGGGGCCCCGGAGGCCUCAGGCUGGCUGGUGUCUGUCUUUCAUUAAACCUCAGCAGUUCCCUCUCAGGCUUCCUCCCAAGGUCAAGGAACUAACCUCCUUAGGAGUCACUGGUGCCUUAAUCUCUCUCUCAUUUCAAAGUGGACGGCUUUCCUCUAGUGGAUGGGAGGGGCUGGCGGAAACCAACCAGUUAGUCUGUGCCUGGAUUUGACUUGAAUUUUUAAAAACGUGUAUUGUUUCAAAACCUUGUUUGCAGAUGUUUGCACGUAGGAUCUUGCACUGUCCAUUUCCAAUGGGGUGUGACUCUUCAGACUGAAAAUCAAGCAGACCCCCUGGGAAGGGAGACUGGGAGUGGCUCAGAAUAGCCAUCUGUGGUGGGCAGGGCGCAGGCCACUCUGGACCUGUGAGUGGUAGGGAGCACCAGGGUUUCUAGGCAGAGCCGUGUUGGGGUGCGGAGACUGUUUGCCUCUUGAGUAGAGGACUGUAACAGACAGAUCGUUGCCAUGCUCGAUAGUCAGCCGAGAAGACGGGAGUGGGGGAGAGAUUUUUUGGAAGGAGGUUUAUUUGUUUUCAUUCUGACCUGCCUCAGUGCUAUUUGAGGCAGCAGGCUUUGGUACUGUGUAUGACUGCUCCCUCCAGGUCUCGGGGCUCCUAUCGACCUGAGUCCGCAUCCUCCUCUUCAUGUUUGUCUGUUGGCCUCACUAAUAGCAGCUCCAGGGGAACAAAAAAAAAAGUUCCUUCCACCAGUGUUUGGGGGGGGGGGGCACAUGGUGGCCUUUCCGGAUCUUUUGGUCUUUGGAGGUUUUGUUUAUGAAAUCUUAAGAUGUGAGCCACACGGCAAGAGAGGGUGAGGAUUUGUUGAAGCUGCCAGCUGGAGAAGAGACCUCCUCAGCUCAUCUAAGCCUCCAUGGUAUUUCCCUUCUGGGUGAAGAUCUGAAGUAUGUCUAGAAUUGUGCUUUUGAUAGUUUGAGACUUGGAAGUUUUGUUUAAAAAGUUGAUUCAAUCUCAUCCUUCCAAGAGAAUGACAGAAGAGGAAUGUUAAGGAGAUCUUCCUAGCAUGUGUGGUUUAAAGUCCACAAAUUGACUAAUCUGCAUUAGCAAAUGGAACACCAUGAUUUAUUUAACUGAUGGCUUCUGUCCUCAUUUAGUACACACCUGAGACAGAUAUUUAUUGAUCCAGGCAAAGGAAUUAAUCGUGCUUGGGUUUGCUUUUUGUUGGUUUAUAAGAUUAAUGAUUCGUGUUUUUAAAAUGCCUUUUCCAUAUCUCAGAUAUCUCUGAUGAGGCAAGCAGUCAUCAGUUAAAUAUAUAACCUCUCAGGGUGAGGAUGGGAGUGUCAGUACAGACCAGUGUAUACUUAGUUGCUGCUGACUGGUAGCCAGUUUACAACUUCACCUUUGUACACACCUGAUACAGUGUAGUAAAUAUUUCAGACUAUACACAUAAAAAUUUUGUGGGUGUUUAUGGGCAUUUUAGCCUUCAGAUCUAUUGCAAGUAUGAUACCUGUGGCAUUUUUAACCACUUUUCCUCUCCUCUGUGCAAAGAAGAUUCCUUUUAUUUAUGCCAGGCUUUUCCCAUGGCUGAGGUUUAAUGACAGGAAGCAAUCCCAACUCUCGACUCUGAGUGAAAACAAACCAAAACCCUUUUUACAUGUUGUCUGUUUCCAAAAUGGAUCCAAUAAACAUAAUUUUGUACAUGUGA